CAACACGCCGCCAUUUGGGACCUGCCUCGCUCGCCAUCCAAACCAUCAAGACAGACAGACCCCGCGCCCAAGAUGCCAUCCCUGAACCACAGCAGCCUGCUCCUUCUGGCGACGUGGCUCUGCGCGGCCCUCGCGGCCCUGCAGCCCAACGUCACCGUCAAGGGCCACCCGUUCCCGCGCCUGAUCGACGCGACCCUCGACGAUCUGGCCCGCGGCCUGGAGGAGGGCCUCUUCACCAGUGUCGACCUGGUCAUGGCCUACACGGGGCGCAUCGGCGAGGCCAACGCCCGCUUCCGCGCCGUCACCGAACUGAACCCGGACGCCAUCGCCGUCGCGGCCGAGCUUGACGCCGAGCGGGCGGCGGGCAGGACGAGGGGUCCGCUGCACGGCGUGCCCGUGCUGAUCAAGAACAACAUCGCCACCGCCGACGCCAUGAACAACACGGCCGGCUCGUACGCGCUCCUCGGCGCCGUCGUGCCCAGGGACUCGUUCGUCGCCGCGAGGCUGCGCGCCGCCGGCGCCGUCAUACUGGGCAAGGCGAACCUGAGCCAGUGGGCCAACUACCGGAGCAUGAACAGUACCAAUGGCUGGAGUGCUCACGGCGGGCAGGUCAUGGGCGCAUAUCACGAGCGCCAAGAUCCCAGUGGCAGCUCGAGCGGAAGCGCCGUCGCGUCGGCCCUCGGCCUGGCCUGGGCCGCCCUGGGCACCGAGACGGACGGGUCCAUCCUCUCGCCCUCGAGCGUCGGCAGCCUCGUGGGCAUCAAGCCGACGGUCGGGCUCACGUCGCGCGACCUCGUGAUCCCCAUCAGCGAGCACCAGGACACGGUCGGGCCCAUGGCGCGCACAGUCCGGGACGCGGCGCGCCUGCUGCAGGCCAUCGCCGGCGUCGACGCCAACGACAACUACACCUCGGCCAUCCCGGGCGGCGCCGUCCCCGACUACGCCGCCGCCUGCGAUGUUGACCGCCAUGCCCUCGGCGGCGCCCGCAUCGGCUUCCCGCUCAACGUGCUCGAGCUCUACGGGGCGACUAACGGUUCCGACCCGGAGCUCGCCGCCUUCGAGGCCGCCCUGGCGCUCAUGGAGGCCGCGGGCGCCACCAUCGUCCGGGGCGAGGCCAACUUCACGGCCGCCGCCGAGCAGAGCAGGUCCGACUCGGAGAUGACGGUGCUCAACGCCGACUUCACCGUCAACCUGGCGUCGUACCUCUCCAAGCUGUCGUCCAACCCGUCGGGCGUCAAGAGCCUGCAGGACGUGCGGCGCUUCACGCAGCAGACCGCGCCCGAGCUGGAGGCGUACCCGGACCGCGACACGGCCAUCUGGGACGUGGUGCUCGACCGACCGGGCUUCAACAACACGGACCCGCGCGCCUGGGCUGCAUAUCAGAAGAACCUCUACUUUGGCGGCGAGGGCGGCCUCGUGGGCGCCAUAAGCCGCAACCGACUCGACGCUGUCGUGCUGCCGACCCUUUACGCCUCCAGCUGGGCCGCCAUCAACGGCGCCCCCGUCGUGACGGUGCCGCUGGGGUACUACCCGCCCGACUGGCACGAGGAGGAGUCGCAGCGGGGGCUCAUCUUUCACGGCCCCAACAUUCCAUUCGGAAUCAGCUUCCUCGGCGCGCACUGGACCGAGGAGAAGCUCAUCGGGCUCGCCUACGACUUUGAGCAGCGGACCCAAGUCAGGGACAAUGUCGCCCCGUUCGCCAUCCCGUCGACCGAGAUUGGAGACGUCGCCGGCUAUUAGUGGGAGUCGUCGGCGUGCCCGGGCUUUUUCAAUCCGUACUUGAAUGACUGGAUGGAGUUAUCCUGAGGGGUCGAGGAGAAAUAGAAAAGACUAUUGGGACUGAUCUGCUGCAGUCCGGUCAUGGAGGCCUCAAGUGAGGAGGACCUCAUCCAUCUACCAGAAACAUUCCCGGUUCAAAAUAAGAUCGAGUCAGUUGGAGCCCUAUUUAGAAAGCCCAAGCCCUGGGUACGGUUUUACCAGUAGAGUACCACAUUAGAUGAGUAGGGAUUGCAGGAGUUCUUUUCACGCAGUGGCUUGAUGAUAGAGUUACCUCAUCCGAAGCCCUUUUCAAACCACCCGUUAAAUUAAACCGGCUGAGAGGGUACAAACCCGUCC